AUGUCACGAUGGUUUCAUCCCACAAUAUCGGGCAUCGAAGCUGAAAAAUUGCUGUUGGAACAAGGUUUCGAUGGUUCAUUUUUGGCCCGUUUGUCCUCUUCAAAUCCCGGUGCAUUUACAUUAUCUGUACGAAGGGGUCAAGAAGUGACACACAUAAAAAUACAAAAUAAUGGUGAUUUUUUCGAUCUCUAUGGAGGUGAAAAGUUUGCAACAUUACCUGAAUUGGUACAAUAUUAUAUGGAAAAUGGUGAAUUGAAAGAGAAAAAUGGUCAGGUGAUAGAAUUAAAACAACCGCUCAUAUGUGCGGAACCCACAACAGAAAGGUGAGUGGGAAAUUGUAAUUAA